UUCCAAAAUGUCAAUAGAACGUUGAUGUGUGAGAUAAUCAUACGUUGAUAUGUUAUAAAGUUUUGUUUUGUAAAGUGAACCUAAUAGUUGCUAUUUCAGCCAGCCGCGUCGCUGGCAGGCUGGGUCGAUCCUGUUGUUAUCCAGAAUAUGAAUUCCCUGACAACUAUCUAAAUUAGCUAUAAUGGCUGGCUAGCUGGUAGCCCACCACCAACUGCUUUUAGCUACGCAACUGGUUUGAAAACGAUAGAUAGUUACCCAAUGUAAUUUGUUUUAAACACGCAGACUGCCAGGCUAAGUGUCUGGAUGUUCAUCAUUAUAAAAAUAAUAAAUUAAUCAUAAUUUGGAAGCGCAGUUUGUUUGUCUGACUGACUAGUUACUAUAGCUAGUUAGCACAGCCACAAUGUCAUUUAUUAUUGGAAUAUUAUGGCUACAUUUACACAGGCAGCCCAAUUCUGAUAUUUUUCCCCACAAAUUGGUCUUUUCACAAAUCAGAUAAGAUAUUUUGCCAACAAUGGGCAAACAAAUCAGAAUUGGGCUGCCUGCCUCUCAAGGUAAAUUCUGUUCACGACAUCUGACGUUCUCCUCCAGUUAGGCAUGUCACAGUUUUUGUCCAAAUAAUGCCUUGUUUGAAAUCUGACCCAUCCCUUAAAUGAAUAAACUCACUAUGGAGGGAGUGAGGAUUUUGGCAUCAAAUUUGAUGCUAAUAGAUCAUGUGACCAUGGCAAAUUCCACCUACACCUGUUUUACAGGUCAUGUCAUGUGAUGGCCAUUAUUUGCUCCACAUCAGGGGCAUGCUGGUAGCACAUAUGUCAGAGGUACACACACAGCUUUUCUAGUUGCGGUUGAUACAUUUUUGUGAUGCAUGAGGCUACAGUGAUUGGUCAACAAUAGGGAUUCUUCAAUAAAGUCCCAGACCAUGAACUAUGUGGGGCAGCUGGCGGAGACUGUGUUUGUGACGGUCAAAGAACUAUACCGGGGCCUGAACCCAGCCACGCUCACGGGGGCCAUCGAUGUCAUUGUGGUGCGUCAGCCCGACGGCAGCCUCCAGUGCUCUCCGUUCCAUGUGCGCUUUGGCAAGCUGGGGGUGCUACGCUCCAAGGAGAAAGUGGUGGACAUCGAGAUCAAUGGGGAGCCAGUUCACCUGCAAAUGAAACUGGGGGACAAUGGAGAAGCUUUUUUUGUGGAGGAAAAUGAGGAUUUUGAGUCCAGAGUGCCAGCCCACCUCUGCACGUCGCCCAUCCACAUAGAGCUGCUGGAGGUGGCUGAGGAAACCUUAGAGGGGCUCCCCAGUUCCGGAAGCACACGAAGGAAAAAGAGGCGGCGAGUACGCAUACGCUCCGACUCCCACCUAAGAGAAGAUGGUAGCUCCUCGUCCGACGAGAGGGAAAGAGAGAGGGAGCAGUCAGGAGAACAGGAGAGCCCCUCCAAAGAAGAGCCCAGCACGCCCAUGCUCGCCAGUAAGUCUGUGUACUUCUCGCUGUCCGAGGAGCCGCAUGAAGAGUUGGUGGCCGUGCAGACCAGGGACGUCCACCCUCACUCUGAUGGAGAGUGGUCCCCCUCAGAGAGUGUGUUCUAUAGUCGUCCUUCCUCCCCCAAGAGUGACUCUGAGCUACUGGUGAAGCCUCCGGAGUCUUCAGGGCCUCAGAUGCAGUGGAACUGGGGUGGCUUUCCUGAGAUGUGUCCAACGGAGAGAGGGAGGGUGGAGGUGCAGCAUGUCUCCGCUGGCAUCCACUGCUCGGACAGCUCCCACUUCCGCACCAUCCAGCGGCAGGACUCCUUCGACAUGGGCCUGGAGCCCGGGGUCAGCUUUGUCCAGCUUUGUCCAAGCAGUAGCGUGACGGUGGUGGUCAGGCCCACGCCCAGGACCGGACCAGCGGUCCAACCCACAGAAAGUUCCUGCAUAGACCUGGCGAGAGCCUCCAAUAUGACCCACUCCACCCCGAAUCACCACACCUCAGAGCUCUUCUCAGAACCGCUAACAUUGGCAUCGUUAGUGAUGGCUAGCAUAGAAUCGCCCCAAGCCCCAGGGCCUAGAAAAACAAAAACGCAGCCACAAGUAGAGACCCAGCAGGCAGGGGAUGAAGUAGCCGAGGAGUCCCCAUCCAACCCGGAGCUGGAAGACUCCAGAAACUCCCUGGCUAACACAAUUAGCAUGGCCAAUGUAGACAACACUGAUAGACAAGCUAGCGAAGAAAGCACAGCAAAUGUUGAAUGUGUAGCUAACAACAUUGUUAGCCAAGUUGAAAACUGUAUAGACACACAUAUCCCAUCCAUAAAAGGUAGCAAAGCUGGCACAAUCAGCGCAGACAGGCUAGCUAGCGACAGCACAGCUGCUUUAGCUAACAAGGCUAGUUUGGCUAACACAACUAGCUAUGCCAGUGCAGCUAACUUAGGUCUCAUUYCCACAGAGUAUCUGGGUAGCAGAGCACAACCAGAACAGCACAGUGCCUUUCCAGAACCCAAUGGACAAGGGACAGAAGUUGUCUUGAGUGAGGGUGACAGCGGGAUUGAGCCCUGCACCGAGGGAGGGGAGGAGACAGAGAACGGCUCUGCAAUGACGGACAAAGCCACAGACGGCUCCCUGACCAAUCAGGCUGCAGAGAGUGUCGGAGUGACAGACUUGUUAGCCACUGAGGCUCUGGGGGAGGAGCAGUCUAGCUCAGCAGAGCACCAGGACAAGAAGAAAGGUAAACGCAGUCAGCACCUUGGACCCUCCGACAUCUACCUGGAUGACUUGUCUAACCUGGACCCAGAGGUGGCAGCUCUCUACUUCCCACCUAAAAAUGAGGCAGAAGGAUGCUCACGGCUCGGUGCGGAGGAAGGGUCCGGUUCUGGUAACCAGUCUCCCCAGUCGGUGGGCAGUGGUGCCAUGGACAGCGGCACAGAGUACCUGUCCGACUCUACCACCAACCACAUGGACGUUAGCAUGUCCCUUUGCGGUCGCACCGGCCACACCAGUCAAAUCAACAAAGAUCAGUUUAUGGAGCACGUUGUGAACUACCAGGAUUUGGUGAGCAACCCUGGAAUCAUCGAAGAUCCAAACCUGGUUAUCUGCAUCAACUCAAAGUAUUAUAACUGGGCAGUGGCUGCCCCUAUGGUUCUGUCAAUGCAAGUUUUUCAAAAGAAUAUACCAAAGAGUGCCAUUGACCAGCUGGUGAAGGACAAGAUGCCCAAAAAGUCUGGCCGCUGGUGGUUCUCCUGGAGGAGGAAGGACAUGGACACUAACUCAAACCAGACUGGAGAGAACUCUAAGCAGGACCAAGAGGAGGCACAGACCAAGUAUGAUGUCUCAACCUCUGUGUCUGUCACUGGUCCCUCAACAACCAUACUGGCGACUCUGGAUGACCUGACUAGUGACGAGGAGGCGGGCCUAGGCAGAGUGGGCAACCUAUCAUCAGAGACCAUAGAGACCAUAAACACUGCCCAGUGUUUUAGCCAAAUGUACCGCAAGUCCCUACGCCUCACCUCCGAACAGAUAGAGCGGUUGAAACUGCGUGAGGGGGCCAACAAGGUUAUGUUCAGCGUAACCACUCAGUACCAGGGCACCUGUCGCUGCGAAGCCGCCAUCUACCUGUGGAAUUGGGACGACCACGUCGUCAUCUCAGACAUCGAUGGCACCAUCACAAAGUCUGAUGCCCUGGGUCAUAUCUUACCUCAGCUGGGGAAAGACUGGACACACCACGGCAUUGCCCGUCUCUACCACAAAAUCCACCAAAACGGAUACAAGUUCCUCUACUGUUCGGCGCGGGCCAUCGGCAUGGCUGACAUCACCAAGGGCUACCUGCAGUGGGUGAACGACAAAGGCACCGUCCUCCCCAAGGGCCCCGUGCUGCUGGCCCCCAGCAGUUUCUUCUCUGCCCUGCACAGAGAGGUGGUAGAGAAGAAGCCGGAGGUGUUCAAGAUCGCCUGCCUCACCGACAUCCGAGACCUGUUCAACCCCCAGAGGAAGCCCUUCUAUGCAGCCUUUGGCAACAGAACCAAUGAUGCCAAUGCUUAUAAGGAAGUGGGUGUCCCUGACACCAGGAUCUUCACUGUGAACCCCAAGGGUGAGCUCAUUCAGGAGAAGAACAAAGGGAGCAAGUCCUCGUACACUCACCUGAGCGAGCUGGUGGAGCACUUCUUCCCUAUGAUCUCUGAGGAUGGGAGGUCGUCCUCCUUCGACUGCCCCGAGUUCAGUCACUUCUCCUACUGGAGAGAGCCCCUACCACCACUGGACCUGUCCACUCUGGAUUAGACACACACACACACACACACACACACACUGGACCUGUCCACUCUGGAUUAGACACACACACACACUCGCCACUGGACCUGUCCACUCUGGAUGAGACACACACAC